GUCAAGUCACGUCAACUAGAGCAAUUGCUUUCUAUUCUCUAUCUUUCUAAACUGCUUAAUUGGACCCCUCGGGUGCAACUUAAUUAAACCCUCAGGUCCAUCAUCUACAAUAUCAGAUUAUCUUUCUUCUUCAAGUUUUCAUCUCAAGUAUCAGAUUGCUUUAAUUUUAGCUCCUGGUGCAUUCAGAGAAAUAGAUAUGGACUCCAUUGACUUCUUUCAAGUUUUCAUCAUAAUCAUCAUACUCAUCAUGACUCUGUUCUACAUCUACUUCAGAUCAUUAACAUCUUCUUCUGCUGCUGCUGUUGCUGCUGUUGACACUGAUAUCCCCCCUCUUCAAGAAAAGUAUGAUGUGUUUAUUAGCUUCAGAGGUGAGGACACACGCGAGGCUUUUACCAGCCAUCUUCACAAGGCUUUACUUUGGAAGAAAAUUGAGACCUACAUGGAUUACAGACUGGAGAAAGGAGACAACAUUGGACCUGCCCUUCUAAAAGCAAUCGAGAAAUCGAAAAUUGCACUAGUCAUUUUCUCAAAAGACUAUGCUUCUUCCACUUGGUGUUUGAAAGAACUUGUGCAUAUACUUGGAUGCAAGAAAAGCCAUGGACAGAUUGUUAUACCCAUUUUUUAUCGCAUAGAUCCAUCACAUGUACGAAAACAAAAGGGAACUUAUGCACUUGGAGGGCCGCUUUGGAGACUUAAGAAACAUUUUAAGGUCAGUAUGAAAGAGGUGGCCAACUGGAGGGCUGCUUUGGAGGAAGCUGCCAAUAUUUCUGGGUUUCAUGAUUCAACCAAAACAGGGACGGAGGCUGAUUUUGUUGAGGAAGUUGCUCAAGAUGUUUUGACCAAAUUGAAUCGUGAAUCGUCAAGUGAUUUAAAGGACCUUCUUGGAAUUCAAAGGAAAAUUGAGGAAAUUGAGGAAAUUGAGUCGUUGUUAUGCUUGGAUUCACCAGGUGUUUGCUGUGUAGGUAUUUGGGGCAUGGGUGGUAUUGGCAAGACCACCCUUGCUGAUGCUGUAUUUCACAGGCACUCCUCUAAAUUUGACGCUUGUUGUUUUCUUGAAAAUGUCAGGGAGAAAUCAGAAAAAACGAAGGGACUACGUCGGUUGCGUAAGACACUUGUUCGUGAAUUAUUAAAGGAUAAAAGUGUAAAAAUCAAAACUUCGUCUAUACCACCUCAUAUUCAAGAUAGGCUCAGGCGUACAAAGGCGCUCAUUGUUCUUGAUGAUGUGAAUGCUCGAAAACAACUAGAAUAUCUUGUUGGUGAUGAUGAUCAGUUUUGCGAAGGAAGUCGAAUCAUUAUAACUGCUAGAGAUAAAGGCCUACUUGAGCAAAAAGUUGACCGUGAAAAGAUAUACGAUGUUGAGGGAUUAGAUUCUGAUUACGCUCUUAGGCUCUUUCAUUUGCAUGCUUCUGAAAAUAAGGGCUUGUUUAGGAGUGCUUUUGGAGCAGCAAAAAACGCUUCUAAAUGGGUGAAAGUGCUUUUGUCUUUUAAAAAUAGUGUUUGGCAAAAAUUGCAAAAGCGAUCCAAAAGCACUUGGAGUGGUUUUGGAAGAAGCACUUGAGAGGUGCUUCUUCUUAAAAGCGCUGCAGGACAAAAAUAAGGGAAGCACCCCUUUAAUAAAACCUUUAAAAUGCCAAAAAUACCCAUAUUUAAUUUUUUUUAAAUGCCAAAACACCCUUUCUUUUUUUCUCUUUCUCUCUUUCUUGCUGGAGAAUGGAGAUCAAUUCUGAAUUCUUGUAUGCCCCCUUGCUUAUAUAAUAUUGUAUGCUCGAUUUUAUUGAAAACAAACAUUAUGAUAUGUAGCACCAAACUUGAUUUAAAAAGCAUUAACAUAUGAAUGAAUCCUGUUUUUGGAGGCAGGCCUGUUGAUCAAGACAUAAUGAAAACAAAAUCAGCAGCGGCCUAUUAUGAAGCCAAGUCUAUGGCAGCAAAGACCCCUUUACCAGAAAAGAAAAUGAGCACAGGCACUUUCAAAUUCUCCAGUGCAAUGACCAAGCAAGGCCUUUUACAAAUCCACAAAACUUUCCCUGAAGCCAACACUUCUGAUUUGAGGGCUGCAGUGUUUUGGA